AUGAGAAAGAAGAUCUCAUACAGCUACAAAAUCUGCCUGAAUGGUCGCAACGGUGAGGUCCAGAACUCCCAAUGUGAGUGUCCAGCGGGCAAAGGACCAAAUGCCACAUGCAAACACAUCGAAUCUGUGCUGCUAAUGAUUCAGAAGUUUGUGGAGACUGGCCAGCUAGAUGUGGAGAGGAGCUGCACAGAAGGCCUACAGACUUUCCAUAAGCCCAGGAAGGCACAUACUGGAUCUCCUGUCAAAGCAGAGGACAUUUCAUCGAAGGUGUCUUGUAUGCAAGACGACCCCCGGCCAGAGCACUUCAGACACAUGUCAGGCUACAAUGACUAUGUCAGGAAUGCCGUCAUCAAUUACUGUGCUGAGUCAUUACUUGACAUGACGAUGCGUUAUCUAUAUCCGAAGGUGUCUCUGCAAGCAGCGGUCCUGGACCAUGAUUACCUUAUGCUACCAUUUACAGAAUAUUGGGUAGAUCGAUCACUCCAG